AUGGCGAUUAUAAUGCAAGUUAUCAGCCUAAUACUUCUCUUAGGCAUGGCUCAUUGUUGGACAUAUCCAUCUUCCUAUGAUCAAAACUUACCAUCGAACAAUUUUCGUGGUUUAAUUAAUAAUAAUAAUAAUUCAACUUUCGUAUCAAUAUUCGAUGAAAUGAAUAAAAUGAUGCAAAUGAUGCGUCAACGUUUAUUUAGUUUCCCAUCAUUUUCUACAAAUCAUAUGGAUGAUUGGAUGGAAGAUAGAAAGAAAUUAGAUGCUGUUGAACCUGUUUGUACAACAACAACAUCAGAUCCAUCAUCAAUACAAAAUAAUCGACGAAAAAAAUUUCGUGCAACACAAACAACAACAUGUAUUAAAGAAUUAAUUAUUGAUGGAAAGAAACAUUUACUUAAAGAAAUGAAUAUAACUGAUGAUAAAGGUGUUUUAAUUUCACAAAGCAAGAUUUAUCAAACAAUGUCAAUUAAUACAAUGAAUAAUACCAUGCCGAUUAAUACAGAUGGAGACAAAAAUGUUAUUUCAUAUUAA